CAAGAGCACUAACUACAGACACUAUACUCAUACGCCGCUGGUUGCCAAACGUUAAAUAACUAACAACUACCCGACCAAGUGGUGUGUUACAACCGUUGAACUAGUUUAUCCGCUGGAAUGAUCUUAAAAGGCCUUUGACCACCUAUCCGACCGACAGACCGUCGUUGAGUCAAACGUUAUAGCACCAGUCAGUCGUGAUCGUGCCGUGCAGCAACUGGAACGUGAUUUUGGAAAGUCCAGUAAGCGAACCUAACCAGUGUGACGUGACAUUCAUCAGUGAUCGAACGUGUGAAGGAAUAUUCAAAAGAAUUCAAAUCCACCGCAGACUGGCGACGAUUUGUUUUGCUAAGAAAGUGAUAAAUCAUUCAACGCGUUGAAUCCUGUCCGUUGACGCAAUGAAUAAGCUUAUCAAUUCUGCCACGCCAUCACUGUUCCGUUCGGUAAGCAGCAUUAAGAAGAUGCCUUGCCCAUUCCUGACCCGUCUGAGCACCAGCUAUGUGCGCAACUACGGCCCGGCCCUGCUGAAAGCCUACGGCUCCCAGUGUCCGGUGGUUGCUCGCACGAUUUCAACGUUGCAACAAAAUCCGCCCGCCACCGGUGAGGUUGCUGUUUCCACCGUAGCCAGGAAGGAACCGAUGACGGCUGCCAAGCAGGAGGUUAAGACGCAACAGCGCAACCUGAGCUCGCUGCAACAACCGAAGGCCAAGGAGGAGGACAAGAAGUGCCCAUUCCUAAACUCGGCUGCCCCACAGCUCAAGGAGCUCGGCGAGGAGAGCGUGGAUGUUCCCGAUAAUCGACCUUUCCCGUACGAAGAGUUCUUCCAUGAGCAAAUCAUGCGCAAGAAGAAGGAUCACUCCUACCGCGUGUUCAAGAAGGUAAACCGCUUAGCCGAGGAAGGUAAGUUCCCGCAAGCCUUAGAAUAUUCAUGGGGAGAAAGACCGAUUACCGUAUGGUGCUCGAAUGACUAUCUCGGAAUGUCCUGUCAUCCCGAUGUAAAGAAGGCGGUUGCCAAUGCUCUGGAAACCUACGGAGCCGGUGCUGGUGGUACCAGAAACAUCUCAGGUAACUCGUUGAACCACGAGAAUCUUGAGAAACGUCUGGCCGAACUGCACGAGAAGGAAGGGGCUUUGUUGUUCACCUCGUGCUUCGUAGCUAACGAUUCUACCCUUUUUACACUGGCUAAAGCACUACCCGGUUGUCAAAUAUUUUCGGAUGCUGGAAACCAUGCUUCGAUGAUUCAAGGAAUUCGGAACAGCGGUGUGCCGAAGCAUAUCUUCCGGCAUAACGAUCCCGUUCAUUUACGAGAAACCUUAUCAAAGGUGGACAAAUCGUUACCUAAAAUUGUUGCAUUUGAAACUGUCCACUCGAUGACGGGGGCCAUAUGUCCGCUGGAGGAACUGUGCGAUGUAGCACAUGAAUACGGGGCUCUGACCUUCGUAGAUGAAGUUCAUGCUGUCGGCUUGUAUGGAGACCACGGAGCUGGAGUUGGAGAAAGAGAGGGUGUACUGCAUAAAAUGGACAUUAUUUCAGGAACUCUUGGAAAGGCGUUCGGUAAUGUGGGAGGCUACAUUGCCGGUACCUCGCGCUUGGUGGACAUGGUACGUUCCUAUGCAGCUGGGUUUAUUUUUACAACCUCGCUCCCUCCUACGGUGCUUUGUGGCGCCCUCGAAGCUGUCAACAUUUUGGCUUCCGAUGAGGGUCGCGAGUUGCGGGCUCGCCACCAGGAGAAUGUACGCUAUCUUCGCACAAGGUUGCAACAGGAAGGAUUUCCUGUAGAACAUACUCCGAGUCACAUAAUUCCCGUUAAGAUUGGAAACCCGGCUCAGUGUACCGAGUUAUCCGAUUCGAUGAUCAAACGUUUCGGACACUACAUUCAGGCUAUAAACUAUCCAACGGUGGCGCGUGGGGAGGAAAAGCUUCGUUUAGCACCCACUCCCCAUCAUACAAAGGAAAUGAUGGACAUUCUGGUUCGCGACAUGAAGGUGGUAUGGAAGGAUUUGGGGUUGCCUUUAAGUGGUCCACCAUGCACUUCAGAGUGCACUUUCUGCCGCAAACCACUGCUGUUCGAUCGUUUCGAGUCGCGCACAAAGGCAAGCUGUGCUGCUGAAAUCAACUGUCAGAUUCCAAACUGCCCGCAAAUCGCUGCUAUGGCCAACUAAGCACGAAACUCUCUUUAGUUAUGGUGCUAGGGCACAUCAGCUACUCUAUCUCUCCAUGUCGUAACAGGAGCUCCAUUGAGAGUUUCCAAACAUGUCGGUGAAUGGUUUACAACUGUCAAAUCAAUGUUCAACAGCUCAGCAGCAUAUCGCAGCCAAAUGUCCACAAUAAAUUAAAAAAUCUCAUAAUUCCGCCGUUUGAUCAGAAGUAACUAAUUUAAAUUAAUUUUUAUUUUACACCCUCCCGGGUUCAAACAAUUCAAUGUGAUAUCAUAAUCAUGUCCUAUUUGUAUCUUUGUUAUUCGUUGUUAAUAUUGUUAAUAAUAACUGAAGCAGAUAAAAAAGCUUCAUUGAAUCAUAAUUCCAAUCGGUAAGGUAUCUACUAUCAAUCAGCGUCUAUAAUAGAUUAGGGAAAAUGGUAGAGCCAAAUUUUUGGGUUCGUCGAUAUGUUGUUGACAAUUCAGUAUAAAAACUUUUCGGAAAAUAUAAAUGUGUUACAUCUUA